GGAAAAGAGGAGGCGAAAAGGAGUUGUGAAAAAAGUACGCAGAGUUAGAGAAGAGCGUCUUUAGCUCGGUUCUGCUGUUUUUCUUUUCUUGCCCUCCCUCCUCCUGUUCUCCCUUGUGCCGGAUUCCAAAUUUGGGAUUUGUUUAAAAUCUGGAUCGCUCCUCUGGGCGACGUUUCCUUGCUGGGUGAAAGGGAACCCUCGCAUGAUAAACACACUCGUCCUCCCCCCCACCCCCUAAAAAAAAAAAUGUCUGAUUCCACAGUCAACGCUCACUUGGAGGGGAUCAUAUCAGACUUUGAAGCUCUGAAAAGGUCAUUUGAAGUGGAGGACACUGAUUCGUCCACACACCCUUCACCUCUGUCCCGUCGGACCACCAACCCCCUCCGCUCGUCGCUCUCUUCCACCUCCAGCCAGAGGAGUUAUGACCUGAGCUCCCGCAACUCUGACUACUACUCCGCCAAAUCGUCUCCCUCCGAUUCUUCCAAUCCACGAUCCCCCAAAACGGGCAUGAGGCGCAUUGAGUUAUCGGGGGGUCGUAACCCCGACUCGGCUUCCUCUCGCCGCACGGAAAUCUCCAUUGAGGUUUCCUCCAAGCAGAUUGAUAACUCUCCCAGUGCCGGCAUCACUCGUUUUGGCCUUAAGCGACCCGAGGUGAGCCUGGGUAGUCGGAGCACACCACCUGACGGCUCCCCUAAUCCCAACUCCAGUUCUGCAAGCAGGCGGCCUAUCGAGCCACCCGCACCUCCCAGGAGGAUCGACGCCCAGCUCUCAUCCGCGCCCGUCUCUCGAAUCCCCGAGCCGCCUCAGAGAAGAGCGGAGCACCCGUCAUCUACCUUCAGCUCGGUCGAGGUGGCUCGCAGGCCGGAGAUUCCGAGCUUCAGACAACCGGAUGCUUUGGUGCCAGCCGCCGCAAUGGAGAACAACAACCACCACCUGCCACCUCCUACGCCCAGUGCACCUCCGCCCUGCCUGGCUGACAGCAGGGUGGACUGGGUGCCGCCCGCUGUCACAGAGACCCCCGCGACUCGACCAACAGACCGGCUGGAAGUGAUUUCGAGCCCCACCAGCAGUGCCAUGGCCGACACGGUGGCGCCUGACGCCGCGGCGCCGUACAGCGACAGGCCCGCGGCCCCCGUGGUGGAUUUCAGUUACGUGGGCAUCGACGCCAUCCUGGAGCAGAUGAGGAGGAAGGCCAUGAAGCAGGGCUUUGAGCUCAACAUCAUGGUUGUAGGACAAAGUGGCCUGGGCAAGUCUACUCUGAUGAACACCCUGUUCAAGUCCAAAGUCAGUCGCAAGUCCGUGAUGGCCACCGCCCAGGAGAAGAUCCCCAAGACCAUUGAAAUCAAAUCGAUCAGUCAUGACAUCGAGGAGAAGGGAGUGAGAAUGAAGCUGACGGUUAUCGACACACCUGGCUUUGGAGAUCAGAUCAACAAUGAGAACUGCUGGCAGCCCAUCAUGAAAUUUAUUAACGACCAGUACGAGGCAUAUCUGCAAGAGGAGAUAAACAUUAACAGGAAGAAGAGGAUCCCGGACUCCAGAGUCCACUGUUGCAUAUACUUCAUCCCACCUACAGGACACUGUCUGCGGCCUCUUGAUGUGGAGUUCAUGAGGCGUCUCAGUAAGGUUGUCAACAUAGUCCCGGUGAUUGCCAAAGCGGAUACACUCACCUUAGAGGAGAGGGAUUUCUUUAAAAAGAAGAUCCGGGAAGAGCUCCGAGCCAACGGGAUCGACAUCUACCCGCAGAAAGAGUUCGACGAGGACGCCGAGGACAGAAUGAUCAACGAGAAGAUCAGGGAGAUGGUUCCGUUUGCCGUCGUGGGCAGCGAUCAGGAGUACCAGGUCAACGGCAGGAGGUUGCUGGGGAGGAAAACCAAGUGGGGAACCAUUGAAGUUGAAAACAUAGCCCACUGUGAGUUCGCCUAUUUACGAGAUCUCCUCAUCAGGACCCACAUGCAGAACAUUAAGGACAUCACCAGCAGCAUCCACUACGAAGUGUACCGCGUGAGGCGCCUCAAUGAGAACAACACAGCGGUGACUCACACCAACGGCGUGCCAGAACAUCAUCUUACCGCCCACGAGAUAUAGAAAACCACCUUAUCUUCAAGGCCCCUGAUUCUUAAUAACUUUGACCCUCUCCAUACAGGUGGGUUUAAAAAAAAAAAAAAAAAAAAAAAGCAGCCCAGGACAGUGUGGCCGUCGUUUCCAUCCAGUGACUUUUUCUCACUAUGAUGGAUGACAAGCACGAAAAGAAUUUUUUUUUUUUUUUUUUUUUUUUUUUUUUUUUUUUUUUUGUCUUGCCCGUCCCCUCCUACAAUCGCUGCUUUUAUUUUUGCCAACUCUCCCCGUUAUGGAUUCACUCUCGGUGCCAACAAGGAAGUGACACUCAAAACUAAUCCUCUUAACUUUUUAUCUUGUCCACUUUUUACGCUUUCUUCAGCGCGCCCCGCCUGCUUAUCUGUGUGUGAGGACUGCACAGCGGGGAGUGUGUAUGUGUUGCAGGACCGUCUUUCAGUGCACCAAAAAAAAAAAAGAAAGAAAACUUAAAAAAAAAAAAAAAAAAAGUUGAGGACAAGAGUUGAAAAUGGCACAUAUGUCUGGAUUACUCUCACUUUACGGCCACAAGGUGCAUUUCUGAUUCGGUCACGCGUAACAUUGUGUCAUGUUAAACAUGGGACAGCAGGACCUUGGAAUUUUUUUCUAAGUAAUAACCGCCACUGUUUUUAUUCAAAGCAAUAUCUAAUGAGAGUGAUUUAAUAUGACUACGUAUUUAUGCACCACGUCAAAUGUGAAUAUCAUCGGUCCAUUUCUUCAUAGAAUUUCCAAAGACAGCCUUGCUAGGCCCCCUCAGUUGUGCCUUAUUUAUUGGAGAACGUUAUCGGUGCCGCGUUUCAACGACAGAAAGCCCCAUUUCCAUUCAAUUUACAGAUCUAUGCCAGUUCAAGUCUUGCUUAAUUCCACCCGGCUGCCAUAUUCUCGUGUAUUCUUUGAUCUUUUUUUUUUUUUGUACCUGUAUUAUUGAUAACAAAAUGUCCUUUAUCUUAUUUUAAGAAAUAAAGAUUGUUGUUGUAA